CCCCAUUUAGAAGCCAUUUUGGACACAGAUCAGUAACAUGCAUGUAAACCCCUACCGACCUCCCGACGCAGCGGUGCUACUAUUCAAGUGAAUAACCUCAAAAAGAGCGCUGAGCCGUCGUCUCGGAUGGUUAAACGGCUCCCCGUUCGGUUUUUUAUCCACUUCCGACGCGAAAUGCUGCACCUAUUAAUGGACUAAGAGCCCGGCAGUCAAUUAAUCGCUCCUAUCUUUUCUUGCAACAUUGUUGCAGCGUCGCGGCUAUUGACACGCGUUGUGGUGGUGGUGGUGGUGGUUAGGCUGCUGGAGGGACCGGAGGCCUGUGGUCGUUUUGAUCCUGGACUGAUGUUUUGGACAACCUGAGUUUUAAUGUUCGCGACGGAAACCGGGGGAAAUCUCUGUCCUGUAUUUAAAACGGAACAUGUCUUUUUCAUGGCUGACUUGUUCACUUCUUCUGGGAACUUUAUGCGCAGGGUACAGUCUUGGCGAAGCGGAGACCCGGGAGUGCGUGUACUACAAUGAUAACUGGCGUACGGAGAGGACCAACCAGAGCGGCUUCGAGCGCUGCGAGGGGGAGAAGGACAAGCGACUGCACUGUUAUGCCUCCUGGCUCAACUCCUCAGGGACCAUCAAGCUGGUGAAGAAAGGCUGCUGGCUGGACGACUUCAACUGCUAUGACAGGCAAGAGUGUGUCUCCAUGGAGGAAAACCCUCAGGUCUUCUUCUGCUGCUGCGAGGGCAACUACUGCAAUGAGCGGUUCACCCACCUUCCUGACAUGAUCGGCAGUGGCAACCGAGUGAAAAUACGGCCUCCACCCCGAGUGCCGUCUCUGCUCAAUGUGCUGGUGUACUCCCUGCUGCCGCUCUGCGUGCUGUCCCUGGCCCUCGUCCUGGCCUUGUGGAUGUACCGCCACCGCAAACCUCCCUACGGCCACGUAGAUCUGAGCGAGGAUCCUGGACCAGCUCCUCCCUCCCCCUUGGUUGGUCUGAAACCACUGCAGCUGCUGGAAAUCAAAGCUAGGGGGCGCUUCGGUUGUGUUUGGAAGGCCCAGUUAAUGAGCGAAUACGUUGCCGUAAAGAUCUUCCCCAUUCAGGACAAGCAGUCAUGGCAAAAUGAGCGGGACAUAUUCAUGACCCCAGGGAUGAGACACGAAAACCUCUUGCGUUACAUCGCUGCGGAGAAGCAUGGAAGCAACCUGGAAGCAGAGCUGUGGCUUAUCACAGAGUUUCACGAGAGGGGCUCCUUGACAGACCACCUGAAGGGUAACACUGUGACCUGGACUGAGCUGUGUCACAUAGCAGAAACCAUGUCCCGCGGCUUGGCCUACCUUCACGAGGAUAUUCCCAUCUACAAAGGAGAGGGGCCCAAACCAACAAUUGCACACAGGGACUUCAAGAGCAAGAAUGUGAUGCUACGAGAUGAUUUAACCGCAGUCAUUGGAGACUUUGGGCUCGCCGUGCGAUUCGAACCGGGAAAACCCCCUGGUGAUACUCAUGGCCAGGUUGGUACGAGGCGUUACAUGGCUCCAGAGGUGCUGGAGGGAGCCAUCAACUUUCAGCGAGACUCCUUCCUGAGGAUAGACAUGUAUGCUAUGGGCUUGGUGCUGUGGGAGCUGGUGUCUCGCUGCUCGGAGGCGGACGUUACAGUCGGCGAGUACAUGCUGCCGUUUGAGGAGGAAAUAGGCCAGCAUCCCUCUCUGGAGGAUCUGCAGGAUGUGGUCGUGCACAAGAAGAUGCGUCCAGUCAUCAAGGACUUCUGGCUCAAACAUCCGGGUCUGAGCCAGAUGUGCGAGACCAUCGAGGAAUGCUGGGACCACGACGCAGAGGCGCGACUGUCGGCCGGCUGCGUCGAGGAGCGCAUCAGCCAGAUCUCCAGGACGAUAAGCAGCACUACCUCAGACAGCCCCGUCUCCAUUGUGACGUCUCUCAUCAACGAGGACCUACCUCCCAAAGAGUCCAGCACCUGAACGGGUGACACCAUCCUCCACCCGAGCUCCUGACUUUUCAUGUUUUUUUUUUCAAACCCAAACUCAGUGGAUCUCCGUGAAUAUUUGAAAACAUAAAAAAAACAACAAAAAAAAAAACAACUAGCAACUUAAACGCAGCUGCUAUUUUAUCCCAAUACUGGUAUUUUCCCCCCUGUUUUAAUGUUUUUCUGUGUUCAAAGUCAGAUCUUACUAACACAUCCAUCUGCUGUAGUUGAAGUAGUAAUAAGCUAUGCGAUGGGCACAUCUGAUAACACCCAUGUGUCAAAUCUUAUAUGUCGUCAUUACCUCAUGUAUUUCUUUGUUGUUAGUCUAUUUUUAUUACCUCAUGAGUUGUUUGUCCGUUAUAUUUUUUUUUCCUGUCGUGGUCAUGAUCGUCUGCGGCCAAAUGAAAACGAACCUUUUGCUCCAAACCUCAGACGACGUGCUGCACACCUCGGAGGAACCAUUUUGAGACUGUUAGACGAAAUAUAUUCAUCUUCCUCAGGGGUCGAAAGCUUCUCGAUUUUUAAACUGGGAGCGCGCUCCCUCGUUUUUAAACCUGUGAAUUCCUCAGAACGAGAAAAGAAAAGAGAUCAUUAAAAAAAGAAAAGUAAAAAAAAAAAAAUGUUUGGAGCACAGCUGUUUUACAGCGACGGAGGAAGCUGCGUUGGUGGGAGCUGAGCAGUUGUAUUGGACAUUUUGGACUUUCUGAAGAUUUGGGACAAGCGUCUUGUCCUCGGGGAACUACCUCUCAGGUAUCCAGUCGGCUUCUGUGGAACAUUUUCUCUAAGUUGAGAGCCAAGCUAUCCAGCUAGCUAUCAUGGACGUAUUCCUGGAUUUUUUUUUUCUUUCUUUUUUUUUUUAAAAAAAGUAGUUGAAAUUCAGAGUUACUCCUUUGCCAGUGCCAGAGGCAUUGACGGAUGCUGUCUGGAGUUGCAAUGUUAUACAUUCUUAAUUUUAACUGUGCGUGUGUGAGAGAUAUAGAGAGAGAGAGAGAGAAUGCUAAGGCUAAAUGAUGUGAGAUUGACGGAGCGUUUUUAAAGCAAGAAUCGUGGACAGGUAAUUGGGCGGUCUAUCCUUGCGAGGGCCAUACUUGAGUAAGCGACAUGUCUGUUUUUUUCUUUCUUUUUUUGGUGUUUUUUUUUUUUUUUUUUUUUUUUUUUAAAUUUCGUGGGUGUUUGCUCAUUAGACUCAGUCGGACACCAGUCCCCAGAUACCUCAGUCACUGUAUGUCAUGCAAGGAGAGCUCAAAUGGUUGCCUUUGUCUCAAAUGCAAUGCCAUAGUUGUACCAUAACAUGAAUACCAUACAUUGAAUGUCCGUUAUGCUGCUGUGACUAUUCCAGGAUACUCAAGGAUUUGAAGAUGUACAUGUAUUCUUUGUUAAUAUAACACUAACAUGUGAUAACUAUCCAUGAUAUUAUGUGAGGCUAAUAUUCUGUUUUUUUUUCUUUUUUGUUUUUGAUUUGAUUUGAUUUUUUUUUUUUUUUUGACCGGGUAAGCCCUCAGCUGCUUACUCCUCCAGACUGACCUCAGAUAUUCAGACAAGUACCUCAGGCUUUUUUCUACAUGUAUAUCAAGUUGUGUUAUGUAUUUUAUUGUGUUUUAGUAGUGUCGAGAUAUUUUAUCGCCGGUCGGGCCUCUCGUCUGUGGAGAUUUUUUUAAAAACGGAGCCUGACAAGUUUUCACAGUGUUAACGCUCUACAAACCUAAAAGAAGACAGACGGACUCUUGUAAAUAUUCGCGUGUACACACAGUUGCCGAACACUGAUCUUUUUUUUUUCUUUCUUUCUUAUUUUUAAAUACAAAAAUCAGGGCAUUGCUGUUCUCAUUUCCCAGAAAGGGAUUUCUCAGUUCCACCUCCUAGCCCUGCGAUUGUCUCUUUUUAAUUUUUAAAGAAUGGUGGUUGUGUUACUGAUUUCAGUGAAUAAUGGUAUCAGUUCCUCUGGAUCAGAAGCUGUGUGGGUAGCACUUGCAUUAGGAAGCUUAGCGUGUGUGUAUCUCAUCAAGAACAAACAAACAUGAAAAAAAAAAAAUAAUAAUAAUUAUGGUUCGGUGCUGGCGGCUUCUGUGAUCGGCCACUUGUUUGAACAGUAUUGCCUCAAUAUUAACCUGCUGAUGUGACGUUCAAACUUGUUUUUAGUGAUAGUUUAGCCACGUGGGACAACACACAGGCUCAUCUGUUGUGCUUUGAUUAGUGCUGUGGAAAGAUGGUGAUUUUUUUUUUUUUUUUUUUAACAGUGGUCUGUAACGCUUGCUGAUGUGCAGUUUUGGUAAUGGACAUUUGAGAAAAAAAAAAUCUAAUCAAUACACAACAAAGUAUGUGGAAAUCAUCGACGUGUUUGUAACCACAUGACUGACGGAUGAUGCAGCACCAUUAGGAUUCAUGUAAACCGUGGCAUGUGCAUGGUCCAAGGGUCCAGCAAUAUUUAUUAUACAGCAAUAGUCAUUUGAAUAUCAUAGUUUCGAGUCAUUACAGCUGUGACUUGGCAGUUUUUCUUCUGCGGGUCAAUAAAAGUACACCUCAUCACAUCUGGAUCAAUGUUCUGAUGGUGAUAUGGAAGAAAAAAAAAAAAAGAUAAGUACUGUGGGUUGAAUUUUUUGUGAACGGAUCGUGGCCCAGGUGCUUUACACAAAUUGUGCCAGAAUAAUAAUAAUAAAAAAAAAAAAAUUGCAACAGUCACGAAGAGAAAAAAAUAAAUAAAAUCUGCCGUGAAGGGUUGUUACCUCCAAAUGCUGUCUUACACCCAGCUCUUCUGAACAGAAAAACCAGUUACCUCAUGCAGUACCUCGUUAGUAACACUAACAUGGAGUCGGUCUCAUCUUCAACAAAAAAAAAAGAAAAAGAAAAAAAAAUUUACCAAUUAUUGUGUAUAUAUUUACAUGACAAAUGUAAAGGGUUUCUUCCUUUUCAUGUGUGGAUCCUGUGAAAGCAAAGUCCUUUUACAGUCAACAUAUUGUUCAUUACUCGUAGUAUGAAUGGAUGUUUGACUGAACCUGUGUGACCUUCCCUGUUUAUGUGAACCGUGUGCGUGUGCGUGUGUGGUGUGCAUUGGUUGGUUUCACUAAAACCGUACGAAUGGUAACUUUAUCUGUGAGUUGAAAUGCUUAGAAAUAUAAACUAGAUGAGAAUACAUCCAUCUUUUUGUAUAUGAAAAUAAAGACAAAUCCUGAUUAACCAUGUAAA